CAUGUCUUAUCUCUCUCUACCAUGCUAAAGGAGAAGAGGUGGAAGGAUUAAGGAAGAAACCAAUGCUGAAUCUCACUUCAAAACUCUACCUAGAAAAAAUAGAUUGCUGAAUUUACAAGGAAUGAAAUCCCAAUUGAAGAUCGGAAAUGUAAUAGUGUAGAAAAGAAAAGAAAAAAAAAGAGGGCCUUUUUUCUUUUCCUGAUUUAAGAUUAGGAAAAUUUGCCUGAAAUGGUGGGUUAUGGUUGAUGAUGAUAAGGUGAUUAGAAAUGGUGGGUUUUGCUCAUAAAUUUCAGUUGGAGCUUUUUAUAAUUGGAGUGCAGACAUGAAGUGGCCAAAGGCCCCAAACCCAUAAAAAAGCCCACCACUUGUCUAUAAAAAUAAAGAAAAAAGAAAAGGGGAAAAAAAGAAAGAAAGAAAAAGGGCAGAGGAAGAGAACAAGUAAAAAGGAGGGAGAUUGAGGAUUGGGGAUUGGGGAGGGACAGCAAUGUCAGAUUUGUAGUUUGUUUAGUGUGUUUUUAUUAUCCCCAUGCUAGAUCGCAUAAGAAAAAAAAAGAAAAGAAAAGAAAAACAGAGAAAGAAAGAAAGGGAGAAAGAGAAACUAACCUGGUGGAUCCUCUGUGGAAAAGCUUCCAAAAACCCUGAGUGAGUGAUUCAAUCGGCUGGCUCUCCUAUUUUGAUCUGAGACCAAACGCUGCCACUUUCUUAACCGUUAUGUGCUUUUACAGCUCAGUCUGUUCCUGGAAGAUGGCACAGAAGCAAAGGCCAAACCCAUAAAUCCCAGAUUCAAGGUACACAGGACCAGCAUCACCUCCAUAUUCUCUGAACUUGUAUUAAGACUGUUGCUUUCUUGUCUCAAAGGGACAUUUUGCAGUUAUUUUAGCCCAUACCUGUCUGGUCUUUAUCUGAAUUUUCUUCUUUUGUUCAUAUUAAUGGUGUCUGGAUAUAUUGGGGGGGAUGUCGAUGUAGUUUCAGGAAUAGAGAUUGUAAGUGUUGAGUAUAAACAAAACCUGGAGCUGAGAGUGGGUCUAGGUCGUGUUCUUGAUCUGGGAUGAUGAAUUUUUUGAUUGCCGGCUCAUUUGGAUGAUACAUAUGAAUCAGAAACUCCUGUAAUUUUGUGUCCAGUGAUUGGCCUUAUAGAAAAAAAAUGGUUAAACCCUGCUGGAAGCCUCAUGAUGAUGGCGAUUCAAACGGACGAGUUGAUGGAUUGUUGUGGUCUAAGGAUCUGGGGCACCAUGUUUAUGGACAAUUCUCCAUGGCAGUAAUCCAAGCUAAUAAUGUGGUGGAAGAUCAAAGCCAGCUUGAAUCUGGGGCAUUGAGUAUGACCAAUCCAGGUCCGCUGGGAACCUUUGUCGGAGUCUAUGACGGCCAUGGCGGAACUGAAGCUUCACGGUUUGUCAACGACAAUCUCUUCAGCAAUCUCAAAAGAUAUGCAUCUUUACACCAAGACAUAUCAGAAAAUGUUAUCAGGAAGGCUUUUGCAGCAACAGAAGAAGGGUUUCUCUCUCUUGUCCAGAAACAGUGGCUUAAUGAACCAAAGAUUGCAUCUGCUGGAUCAUGUUGUCUGGUAGGGAUCAUCUGCAAUGGACAACUAUAUAUUGCAAAUGCAGGCGAUUCACGAGUAGUGCUUGGGAGAACUGAGAGAGCCACUAGAGAAGUGAUUGCCAUUCAAUUGUCCACAGAACACAACGCAAGCAUAGAGUCUGUGAGAGAUGAACUUCGGAUGGUUCAUCCAGAAGAUCCCCAGAUUGUGAUCCUAAAACACAAUGUUUGGCGUGUUAAAGGUCUCAUACAGGUUUCAAGAUCCAUUGGUGAUGCAUAUUUGAAAAAAGCAAAGUUCAACAGACCACCUCUCCCCCCUAAAUUUCAACUGCCCGAGCCAUUUUACAAACCGAUUCUCAGUGCAGAACCGUCAAUAUUAGUACACAAACUCCGCCCAGAUGAUCAAUAUCUCAUAUUUGCUUCUGAUGGUCUGUGGGAGCACCUUAGCAACCAGAAGGCUGUUGACAUCGUCAACAGCUAUCCCCGAAAUGGAAUAGCAAGGAGACUUGUCAAGGCUGCACUUCGAGAAGCAGCUAAAAAAAGAGAGAUGAGAUAUUCAGACCUGAAAAAGAUAGAUAGAGGUGUGAGAAGGCAUUUCCACGAUGACAUUUCUGUUGUAGUUGUGUUCUUAGAUCCUCAUUUGAUCAAUGGUAGGCCCUCCCCUUGCUCCUUGUCAAUCAAAGGAGGAGAAGGUCUCCCCUCCUCAGCGAACUCCUAGCUGGUAAACUUUGUUAAUGUCUUUAUACCCUUUUCAAUUUAUUCACAAACAAAACUAGAAACUUCAGGCUUCUUAGAAAGAUCUAUCAAUUUGUAAGAUCUUCUAGUAGCAAGUAAAAUAGAAGAUGACAGGAUGUAAAUGUACAAAGUUCGUAAAUUGUUUCUUAAUGUAACAAAAUGAAACAACGUCCUUCAUCUUUGUAAAUCUUGUUAUUCUAUCAGAAAUUUCAACAUUGUCCA